GCAACUUUUAUGUUGAUAAUUUCUUAAAUCAUAUCAAAUGGAUCGCUGGUACAAUAAAGUUGCCGUCGUAACAGGAGCGAGUUCAGGCAUUGGACAAGUAGUCGCGGCAGAUUUGGUUAAACAUGAUUUUAGAGUGGUUGCCUUGGCACGGCGAACAGACCGACUUCUGGAAAAUAAACUGGCCCUUCAGGACACCCUUCGAGCGCGCUACCAUAUUGUGAAUUGCAAUGUUACGAAUGAAGAGGAAGUGAAAUGCACCUUUGAGUGGAUCGAAAAAACCCUAGGAGGCACUGACGUGCUCAUCAACAAUGCUGGAAUCAUCUGCCGUGGUACAAAUUUAAGUAGUCUUGACAGCACUAAACCUGCUCGUGAUACACUGGACACUAAUGUUAUGGGUGUUUUCUAUUGUGUUCGGGAGGCGUUUAAUUCCAUGAAAAAGCGUAAUUUUGAUGGUCAUGUUGUCAUUGUGAAUAGCAUUGGUGGACAUAAAGUUCCUAUAAUACCUGGAAUUUCGUAUAAUAUGUAUUGUGCAACGAAGUAUGCAGUGACUGCUAUGGUUGAAACCUACCGUCAGGAGUUCGCGGAUGCUGGAACUAAAGUUAAAGUGACGAGUAUCAGCCCUGGCAUAGUUGACACAGAAAUAAUUAGGAACAAGGAAGCAAUGAAAAACGCCGGGGUUCCUUUUUUGAAUCCUGAAGAUGUCUCCAACGCUAUUUUAUAUGUUUUGGGUACGCCUCCGCAUGUUCAAGUGCACGAAUUGAUGAUAAAACCUGUGGGGGAGACGUUUUAA